ACGGAGCAUUGGAAACAGCUGCACUGCUACUUUCUUUCCCCCGUGCGUGUCAUCUGCUACUAGAUUUCUGUCUUUCUCUUAGAUUUCUGUUAUUUUUUUUUAUUUUUUUAAAGAAUACCAAACUGUGAAAAAAAGUUUGAUUAAGAAAUUAGUUGGGAUUCGAUAGUACUUUUGUGUAAAAUGGAUUUAUUAACACGAAGUCAACGAAAGUGAAGGGGUAUUUUGGAAUCGCCUGUCGCAAUGGGAAAGAAGAGGGUUAAGGAUCGCAGUUCCAGGGAGGACGACCAUAUUGACUUGUCAGGUCCAUCUUGCCGACAUAUCAAAAAGGGAACUGACCAAGCUAUUGUGAAGAAGCUGUCUAGGAACACAGACUGGACAAACUGUCAAGAUUGCCACAGUGAAGACAAAGACAAUAAAACAUCACAGGAAACCGAAAGGGAGGAGAGUGGAUCAAUAUGGAUGUGCCUGAAAUGUGGACACAGGGGGUGUGGCAGGCUUUCUGAGAACAAACAUGCCAUCAAGCAUUACGGGACUCCGCGCUCACACCCUCAUUGUCUAGUGGUCAGUCUCAACGACUGGGCUGUUUGGUGCUACAUCUGUGAUGACGAGGUACAGUUCUCCCAAACAGGAUUUUUAACUCAGCUGCUGACCAACCUCAAGAAACUAACCUCCGCAGAGCCAUCCAGGAGGCUGCAUAAAAAGGUAAAGGAAGACGUGUUAGAAGUGGAGCAGAAAUUGGAUGUUCUGACACUAGAAGAGAGUGAUGAGCAGGAAAAUACAGGGAAUCAGGAGCAGCCCAAAAGGAAGGGGAACAACAGAGAAAGUCCAGCCAAGUCCACCAAGCCCAGUGUCCCGGAGGAGGGGAGGGGGGUCCCAGUGAAGGGCCUCAGCAACCUGGGCAACACCUGCUUCUUCAACGCAGUCAUCCAGAAUCUCUCCCAAACCCAUUUCUUAAGAGACACACUGAAUAAAGCCAUUGGAGAGAAAAUCACACUUGACAUUCAACCUGAUGCCUCUUGUAAUCUGGAGCCAUUGACCAUCCAUGUGGAACGUUCUGGACCUCUGACAUUAACCAUGUGCCAGCUUCUCAAUGAAAUCCAAGAAUCCAAGAAGAAUGUUGUAACACCACGUGACCUUUUCACACAAGUUUGUAAAAAAGCAGCCAGAUUCAAGGGCUUCCAGCAGCAGGACAGUCAGGAGCUGUUGCGCUACUUGCUGGACGGAAUGAGAGCAGAGGAAAUCCAAAGGGUGAGUUCAGGGCUGAUGGAAUCCUUAAAAGAAUCCAAAAAAGGAAGUGAGGGGGAGUUAAAAAUACUUGUCAAAGAAUAUGAAAAGCAUGCAUUUCCCAAAAAUGUUGUGGAUCAAGUUUUUGGAGGGGAAAUGACCAGCACUGUAAUGUGUCAGCAGUGCGAGACGGUGUCAGUCGUCAAAGAAAUGUUUCUGGAUCUUUCUCUUCCCAUUUCUGAUGAGGCCUACAGAAAAAAGUUCCUUAAGAAAGCCGCCCAAAUGUCCAGUAAUGUGACCGAAAACGAGAGGGGCAGCCCUGUUCUGGCCAAUGGGACCAAUGACAUGCCCACCGGCAGCAAAUACCUGCAGAAGAAAGCUAAGAAGCGGGCCAAGAAACAAGCUAAGCAACAAAAAAGACAACAGAAGCUCGACAGUAACACCACCUUAGACAACCUUACCUCUCCUCAAAGCAAAGACGACACACAACACGAUGAAGAAGAGAAAGAAACUGUACCCCAUGAAGAAAGGGCCAACGGAGAAGAACCUUCAGGUGAGAUCAUGGACGCCAACUUUGAACCGAAAGAGCAGAAUGCGGCUGAGAAUAACCAAGAGGAAGAGGAAUCACCCCCUAGCAACCGCUUUAUCCUCCUGUCAGACGAACAACCCAACAACUGCACUUUAGACAAAACAUCUGAGUCAUUUCAAGACGAGAACAAUUUGGAGGAAGAUCUAGACAAAGCCUUUAUAGAGGAUGGUGAGAAGGUAGCAGAUGAGAGCAUGGAGUGUCGAGAAGAGGAGCCAGACGAACCUGAGGAGCCCACAGAGUACAUGGUGGUGAACCAGGACCCGGACUUGGCCUUCCAGACAUUGGCCCAGAGGACAGCCCCAGAGAAGCAGGAGUGUUCGGUGCAGUCCUGCCUGUUUCACUUUACCGAGGUGGAGACGCUCACCGCGAACAACAGCCUGCUCUGCCUCACCUGCACCAAGCGCCAGCAGCACCCAGGUAUAGGUGGAGAUUCCAAGAAGAAUGUGUACACUGAUGCCUUGAAGCAAAUGCUGAUCUCUUCUCCUCCUCCUGUGCUCACACUACAUCUGAAAAGAUUCCAACAGAACAGCUUCAGUAUUUGUAAAGUAAACCGACAUGUCCAGUUUCCCGAGGUCUUGGAUUUGGCCCCUUUUUGUGCAGUGAACUGCAAGAAUGCAGAGGAGGGAGACUAUCAGAUCCUGUACAGCCUGUAUGGUAUAGUGGAGCACAGCGGGACUAUGCGCUCUGGUCACUAUACGGCCUAUGUCAAAGUACGGCCAAAGUGUGCCAAAUCCCAGUCCAAUGGCUUUUUUGCACAAGGUUACACGGAGUCAGCCAAAGGGUCCUGGUUCCACAUCAGCGACACCAGUGUUCAGCCUGUGUGCGAGGGUAAAGUUCUGAGCUGUCAGGCCUACCUCCUGUUCUACGAAAGGAUCCACUAAGACCAAGCACUGAAGCUAAGGCUAAGUACUGUGUGUAGACUUAACCUAUGGACCAGUGUGUGCAGCGUCAGUAAACUUCAGCCUAAUCCAAUACAACAUUA